AAAUGGACAAGUGAAUUCAGUCCUUCCUGUGGUUUACAUCAUGCUGGGCUAUUGUCACCUCAUCAUAAGACCUAGUUUGUUCUGUCAAGGUCUAUUUAUAUUCGAUGUGGACUUGACUCCAAUAUUACAAAACUGCAGUCUCUUCAUACUUGUGUUGGAGCUGAAUUCAGGUGCCCUAAGAUGGUUCGUCCAUCCUUAGUUGUGUGCAUUCCCCUGUGGUGAGGUUCUGCUUUACAACAUAGAUUCAGUGUUGUCACGAUGGCGACAGGGAGCCACCUUGCAGUCAAUCUGCAAGAGUUGGAGAUGCUAAAACGUGAGAUGCCUCAACAGAUCCCGGCAGGGGUGCAGCGGAGCACCUCUUUGGACAGCAUGCCACCCCCAGCCCAGCCAGCACCCGUGGCAAACAAUACCGAUCGCCUACAGCAGCAGCCACAACCAUCCCUGGCUGGUAUACCAGAAUUACACAACUCCUUGUCGUCUCCUCCUCAAGCGUGCCCUGUACAGAGAAGCCGUAGUUUACCCCUCCUAGAUGCCAGCCAGGAAAUACCUGCUGAAAUUCUAGCACAACUGGCCGAAAGAGAAAACGAACAGAUGGUAGUCAAUGAUGUUGGACAGCACUCUCUUCAGCGGCAACAGCAGCAGCAACAACAAGAUGCACAAGAACCACAACCUGCACCUCAGCAACCACAUCAACAGCACAACCUUAACAGUAGAAUCAGCGAUAGCACAAGUACAUGCAACUCCAUUAGUAUCAGUAACAUUGUGUCCAACAGCAGUAAUGUGAAUAACGUACCAUUUUCAGACUAUAUGCAGGCAUCUCAGUAUAGACUUCUCACACAAUCUCAGCUACAGCAAGCAACUCACCUACAGGAAAACUCACAGCCCCUAAAUCUAAGCCAGACAGCGGAGGUUAGACAGAUUCUUAGUCAGGGCCUACCCUCCCAUAUCCCGAGGGUUGCUAACUUUGGUGGACGUCAUGUCCAAGUUGGAAGAGAUGAUCUUCCACUUGACUGGUCCAACUUCCAACAGGCAGCAAGAUACGGUAUUCGUCCAAGUGAGCCACGUCUAGGAUUUCCACCAGCUAUGUUGCCUCCUGCCAUUGGCCAAAUGCCUCCUACAUUUAAUCCAGCUUUUUCUGGAAGAGGGAUUGAUUCGUAUGGAGUAGGGGCAAGUGCUGAAGGUAUCCGUUAUAGCAUGCCAAGUGCUAUGAACCCCAAUCUUCAGAAGCCUCAUAUGCCAUUGUCAGUUUUUGCCCGGCAGCAUGCCUUUAUUAAGGAAGAAGUUGGCCGUCAGUCUCCUAAGGAUGCAACUCGAUUGCUGCACGUUCCGAUGGACCAUGUUGAAAACAACAACGAUAAGUCUUCGCCUAACAUCCAGGCUAUGUCAGAUGGCUCAACGAGUAACAUAGCUGAGAAAAACAUGAUGCCCUUGUCAGUGAGUGUAUCCGUCGCAUUUUCAGAACCUAGUCAGGACAGCCCCUCGUUCUCGCAACAGAGCAAUAGUCCUGCACUUCUUAAACCUGCAGCUGAUCAGACGCUCAGCAUGAUUAACUAUCAUGAGGAUCAUCUCCUGUCCGACACUGGGCUCAUGUCCAAUAGCCCGGUUCCUAGCUCGCUGGAUGAGAACUUUCUCAACAGCAACAUGAUCAUCGGCACCAACUCGGCUGCCAGAUUGAGUGAUGCGACCAAUCUGACAGGGCUAGAUUCUAACCCACCCAGUGUGAAGAUGGAAGGGUUUGACUUGUUUGAAGGCAGUGGGGACGUUGAUGAACAGAACUAUAUCACCGAUUCCAUCUCACCUCAGUCUUUGAGUAUGGAAGACUCUAAUCAGGGACUACCUCAUGGCAUGCAACAAGGUCAUGGGAAUCCAAGGCCUCUCAGUCAGUCUAGUAUGUCUGCAGCUCACGCUAGAGGUAAGCAAAAAUAAUAUUAUUAGUGAUGCUAGAAUUAAAAAAUAAAAAAUAAAUAUUGAAUCACAAUUUAAGACAAUGAGUCAGUACAUGGCUGGGAUGGCUUGUAUUAGUGUUAUCACAAUUCUGUUUGUUUGAAAAUCACUGGUUUUUCUUUUUUUUCUGCUCAAGAUGCAUUAUGCAUCUAAAAAUAAUAUAAUACAAGCAUCAGUGUUUUACAAUUGUGAAUGGGUUCAUGAUUACAGAUCUCUCAAUUUAAUUCAGUGCGAAAGAUGCACAUUUCUCAAAUGGGAGUGGAUAAAUGGUACCAUGAAUGACAACAUGCACCAUUUGUUUUAUGUAAUGACUGUUCUGUAGUAUACAAAUGAUGCAUAAUUGAUAGUGAGUUAAGGUGAUGCAGCAAAAAUAUUCAUAAUGGUGCAGCAAGCACUAAGGCAUUAGCCAAAUGGUCUUGUACAACAAGUGUUGUAAAUAUUUUGGAUGCCUGCAUCACCAAUAAUUGUGUAAACCAACUGGUGCAUUAUUUGUUUUAUAAUACAGGUUGAAAAUGUGACAGCAGAAAAAUUGUGUAGAUAACCACAAGAAAUGUAGAGUCAACCAGCCAUUUGCUUUCUUGUGUGAUCCACAUCACAUUUGAAGUCAGCUUUAAUUGAAAUAAAUUUAUGUGUACAUUUAUGCACAUCAACAAUGUCCUUGCCAUACUAAAGAAGGUUGGAAAGGGCUAAACUCUGUAUACUUUUCAGGAAAAAAAUAUGUGAUGAUUUAAAAAACUGACAUGUGACGUAUUUAAUCAUUUAAUUGAUUGUAUUGAUGUUUACAUGAAAUCUGUUGAAAAAAAUAAUUGACAUGGAUACCAUGAAUAUGAUAUUGCAAUAGCAUAGCCUAUUUAUAUAUGAAAGGCACAGAUUGAUCUUAUUCAGACAUUUGUUGUAUUCAGAGGAUUUUUUCAGCAAAGCUCGCUUUAUUCUCCAGAAUUCAUAAAGGGAAUUUGAAUGUGUCCGUAAAGGUGCAUGACUGGGCAAGCUGGAUGCAGUGUGCAGUCCCAGAAAUGUUUGAUGUUUCAUCAGUUUAGUCACGGUUGAGAGAGUGCUAUUGGGGGCACUCAAUUUGUGGCGGGAUCUAGCAUAAUGAGUGCAUCUGUAACGCAAGAUGUGCAUGGCUACUUCAGGAGCACAUCUUGUCUGCUCUCGUGUGCCUAGGGAAAGUCCAGGGUAAUAUUGAUCGGGAGAGUGGUGGAGAGAGAAAGCAAAGGGGAAGGAGACGAGAGGGAGAGAGUGGUGAAGAGAGAAAGCGGAGGGAGAGUGUGGUGGAGAGAGAAAGCGAAGGGUAAGGAGAGUGGAGUGAGAGAGGAGAGUGGUCGAGAGAGAAAGGUAAUGGGCAGGAGAGGAAGGGAGAGAGAGGCAGAGAGUGUCGGAUAAAUAAGCGAAGAGAAGGGGAAGGAGACGGAAAGGAAGAGAGAGGAGUGACUGGAGGACCACAUAGAUACAUUAAAUGUGAAGCCCAUAGAAAGGUUGAUACAGUGCAUUGCUUAUGUUGGUGGAUGCUACUUUCCCCUCAUUGCUCAACUUGUUUAGUAUAGUAAAGGCUAGAACAUGACUUUUCAUUGGUAGAAGAAACUUGUGAUAGGCUUUAGAAAGUAGGUUGUGCAGAAUCAAGGUACUACAGAUAUAUUUUUCUAAUUUUGAAACAGAAAAAGUAAAAAACAGAAUAUGGAGCCAAAACUGAUUCUGAUUAUGUGAUUUUAAACAGAAAAAUUGAUGUUUAUCAAUAAGUUGUAUCAGGAUUUAAAUAAAAUCAAACAUUUGAAAAACAAACUGUAUUUUCAUUUUACUGUUAUUUACAAAAUUAUUGUUUUCUAUAAUUUCUCUGUGUAAUGGAAAGUCAACGUUGUUUUAGACUUUUUUUUUAUUGUAAAAGACCCAAUAAGAAAAUUAAACACUUGUUUGCAUUUAGUUUUAUUUUUUUAAGACAAAAUAGAAAAGUGAUCACCUAUUUUGUAUUUCUUUUCCUGUUUUUGUUUUUGAGUCGACAAAAUAUAAAAUUAAUCACCUUUUCUGAUUUUCUCCUGUUUUUGUUGUUGUUGUUGCCAGGCCUGUAUUAUACAGGUUGCAUGUACAGUAAUACCCGGUACAUAGGCCUUUAACUUGUAUACAGCCCUACCUGUUAUACCUACAUGUCCUAGAAAUGGAUGGGUUCCUGUACAAAGCCAAUAAACAACUAAAUUCAGUUGGCGACAGGUUAAGGGAAGUUAGUAUCUUUACACAGGAUUCAAAGUCAAUCCCUUUUCCAGUUUCUGUUGUUAUUACUUUUGCAAACCUUAAGGUUAGACAGGAAUCGUCAGAGCUUUGAAAUUUAAACGACCAUUCAUGCAUCGAUAGAAAAUUCAUAUCUCAAUAUGUACACCAUACAUGGAAGAAUUCUUCUGGUAUGCGCAGCUCU